AUGAAGCUUGCCCUGACCGGAUUGCUGCUGGCGGCCGCCGCCUUUUGCCUCGCGCUCGGGAUUACCUUGCCGCUGCUCGAGAUGGAGCGGCUGUUCGUCCUGACCGACCGGCCCUCGCUGAUCGACGUGGUGGCGGGCCUGUGGAACAGCGGCGAUCCGCUGCUCGCCGCGAUCAUCGCGCUGGCCUCGAUCGUCUUUCCGGCCGCCAAGAUCGCCGCCCUUCAUGUCAGCGCCGCCCUUGCGGCCACGCCGCCCGACCGCCAUCCGGCAUGGGCGCGCCCGCUCGACCGCGCGGUCGGCAUCUUCACCAAAUGGUCCAUGCUCGACGUGAUGCUCGUGGCGCUGGCGAUCUUCGCGGCCCGCACGUCGGGGCUGGCCACCGCCAUCAGCCAACCGGGUCUGUGGUUCUUCGCCGGAUCGGCGCUGGCCAGUGCCGUUGCCGCGUGGCUUCUAACGCCGACGCCGAAACAGCCGUCCUAG